AUGUCCCCACCUAUUAAUGGAAUGCCUGAAAAUUUUAUUCAAUCAUUUCAAUACGAUGGACAAUCUCCACAAAAUCAAAUGCAUCCACAAAUUUUUAUGCCAAUUCCGGCACCACCAACUCCUUCGACACCUAGACAAAACGGUUCACCAAGCACUGUUACAUCAUCAAAUAGCGGGGCAAAUUCACCAACUUCUGGCGCACAAAGAAAACGUCGUACUGACACUUUAAAUUUUCCUGUGGAUGCCGGGCCAUUUUUCUCUCCAACUACACAACACUACAACUUAUAUAGUGUUGACCGUGGUUUUUUUUUGGCUGAUAAUGACUGGACAUGUUAUCGUAGAAACUAUUUUCAAAUCAGUAGUGCGUUUUCUAUCACAGGCACAAACCAUGCAGUUAACGAAGCUGAUAUAGUCAGUUUAAUUGAGGUUGAAGGGCAAUUCCACACCAUAACUCAAUUCCUGUUAGGUAUUAGUGCGAGGGUUUCCAACAGUGACAAAAAAAUUGAAUUGGUUCAACACACACCAAAACGUGAUAAAGGUCCACAAAUGGUCCCAGUACCAAAACCAAUUCGUCCAGGUGGCAACUUAAACUUGAGUUCUGUUGGUUCAAAUUCAAAUAUUGUCACAUUUGAACGUAUCCAAUUCAAGACAGCCACCGCAAACAAUGGCAAACGUCGCGCCGCACAACAAUAUUAUGUUGUCAUGGUAGAUUUAUAUGCACAGGUAGAAAAUGGUGAACAAUUUCGUGUUGCUACAUCGACUUCUGCCUCUUUGGUAGUGCGUGGUCGUAGCCCGGGUCAUUAUGCUGAUAAUCAUGAACGUUAUAGUCCAAUGUCAAUAAAUCAUGGAUUCCCAGGUGAUCGCCACUUAGCAUUUCCUCAUGGACCACCAACAAAUGGUGCUCCAGUAAUGUCAUCAGAUUUCAACGGGAAUCCAUUCCCUGGACCAUAUGGGCAAUAUCAACCAUUCCCAUUCCCACCAGUACCAGGCGGGCCUGUUCCCACCCCUCAAGUUUAUACGGAACAAUUAUAA